CUUGAGGUGAAAAGGGUGAAAGUUAGCGCAGUGGUUUCCUCGUUUGACAGCAGGGGCCAGGGGCAGGUUUUACAGCACAAAACAACAAGGAUGAAGCUUCCUAUGGAAGAUGCGGCAACAGAGAUAAUCGUGGAGACGUUUAGCUGAAAGACCAUCAGCUUUAUCUCUAUUUCCCGGUGUGCGCGCUGAAAUUAACGCCAGGCAAUUUUAAUAUCAACUUAUCGUAACUGCAGAUGAAUGUCUGUGCCUUAAGUGCCCCUUUCAUUUGUUGUUGUUAGCUACUAAUGCUAACAAUAUAAGUUGUGAGCUAGCUGGCCUAGCAAGCUAAUAGUUAAAGCGAGGAAAAGAUAAUUAGCCGCAUACGUUUAAUUUACUUAAUGUUGUCCGACGAGUAAACUCGAGAUUGUAUAGCUAGCUGAUGGAGCCAGCUAACGUUGGCUUCAUUUGUUCAAGAACUGAAGCUUUGGUUAAGCUUUUAAAGUACCAAUCUUAGUAGUUAGUUAGUUAACCUACCUAGCUAGCAAGUUAGCUUGCCAGUUAGCCACCACUAUCUUCGGAAGAAUGAGUAGAAAACACCGUCACUUUAAAGGAGCCGAAGUCAGCUGCUGCGUAAAAUACUUUUUAUUUGGAUUCAACAUUUUAUUCUGGUUACUUGGAGCUGCAUUCUUGGGCAUAGGGCUGUGGGCAUGGGCAGAGAAGGGCGUGCUGGCCAAUCUGUCAACCAUUACAGAUCUGGGGGGCUUCGACCCCGUGUGGCUCUUCAUUGUCGUAGGAGGGGUCAUGUUCAUUCUGGGCUUUGCUGGCUGUAUUGGAGCGCUCAGAGAGAACACUUCCCUGCUCAAAUUUUUUUCUGUGUUCCUGGGUUUGAUCUUCUUCUUGGAGCUCACUGCGGGGAUCCUUGCCUUCGUCUUUAAGGACUGGAUCAAAGACCAGCUCAACUUUUUUAUCAACAAUAAUGUCAAGGCCUACCGCGAUGACAUAGACUUGCAGAAUCUCAUUGACUUUGCCCAGGAAUAUUGGUCGUGCUGUGGAGCUCACGGGCCCGACGACUGGAACUUGAACAUCUACUUCAACUGCACUGAGCUGAACCCCAGUAGGGAACGCUGUGGUGUCCCCUUCUCCUGUUGUGUCAAAGACCCUGCAGAGGAUGUCAUCAACACGCAGUGUGGUUAUGAUGUUCGGCAAGUUCAAGGGGACCUGAACCGGCAGAAAUAUAUCUAUACCAAGGGCUGUGUGGGACAGUUUGAGAAAUGGCUUCAGGACAACCUUAUCAUUGUAGCUGGAAUCUUUGUUGGUAUUGCACUUUUGCAGAUUUUUGGUAUCUGCCUUGCUCAAAACCUGGUGAGUGAUGUCAAAGCUGUCAAAGCCAACUGGUGAUAGGAGAGGUGAAGUAAGGUAGACCUGCCCCACGUCAACACAGCACAGAAAGAAUCCAGCCCAACUGGGGACGGAGAGCCGACAACCUUCAACUCUGUCUUCUUUGCCAUUGAGCUAAGCAGCACAUUCACACCCUCACACUUGCAUAUGUGCAGACACAAAUAGUUUACUUUCCUGUUUAUCAGUGGCACUUGAAUGAGGAAAAGAAUAUCCCACACAAACCAAACAGUCAACACUUUGUCUAUCACUCCGCUGGGAUUUUAACCCAAAUAUACAGAUGACGUUCCUGCCUACUUCAUAGUUAGAUUCUUUCUAUUUUUUUUCUUCUGAUUUUGUUCUUUGGACAAGUUUAUUUAUGGGGCACGGAUGCACAAAGACUCUUAUCGAUUGGGAGAUUGGAAGCCAUGGAUGAAAGGAAGAAAAAAAAAAAAAAGUAAGUCAAGCGUUACAUUGUCACAGAGCCUCUUUACACUCAGUGAGGGGUUGAACAUCUCCGCCUACAACAUGCCUGUGCCCACUUCCUGCUGUAGGGAAUCGUGGGUGGCUGGCCGGUUGGCCAAAAAAUACAUUGAUUGAUUUUCUUUCCAUGGUGACCUUUUUAUGACCACUGAAAAGACUCUGAACUGGUCAAAUCUGCAACUUCAAACCAUUUCAGAGGAUUUCAAUUCUUACUCAAAAUGUAAAAAGUGCCAUUAAUUUCCUGUGAUAGGUUUGUCUCCUUCCUGAUCUUUACAUUGGAAUUUCUGCACCCCGCCCCACAAUACCUCAGGGCUUGGCCAAAAGAUGUGUUUUCUGCCACCGGUUAAAAGCAUAUCUGUUUUUUCCAUCCAUGUCUGUUGAAUUUAGUUGGACUAACUUAAUGCAGAAAAAACUGACAGUUCCUUGAAAGUCACCCUGCUUGCCCUGCAGUGAUUGUAUUAGCCUUUGAUUUACUGAAGGAUCUUGUAUUUUAUUAAAUGGGAUGGUCUGGUGUGUUUAGGAUCGUGGGACUAUGCUAUACAGGGAAAUGGGUUUAAUGAUAGUUGAGAUUAUUGUUUAUCUCUGAGCAUCCCUCAGGCACAUGGGAUUGCUGGUUUGGGGCCUUUUUUACUUGACUUAUAUUACCACAUUUGUCUUAUAUUUUGUCCUCUGCAUAUUGAAAAAUAUUAGAAUAUUUGUCUUUUUAUAGAUGUCCUGUAUUCAUUCUUUAUUUCCUAUCCUUUCAUAGGCACACAUUUUUAUUCUGGGUUCAUAGUUUGAGUUAACCAGGCACCAGUUUUACCUCUGACUGCGAAAUAGCUUCUUAUUGUUGACCAAAUAAUAUCAGCUGGCCACAAGCAAACUGCCAAGGUUUUGUCUGGCUACAAUUGUGAUUUUUAUUAGGAAUGCCGGGAAGAAAGAAAUAGCAUUUCUAAAUAGCCAAAAUGUGAAUUUAUUGUCCGUUUUUUAUGUUGAAAAUGCCAGUUGAAAUGAGAAGUCAAACACAAAUUAAAAAUGUAAUAAUAUUCCUUUUAUCUUUAA